AGAGUGCGCAGGUGCGGGGACCUGGGGACGGAGGGCGGUGAUCCGGCAACUGGACCCCGGCUUCUGUGGUCGGUCAGCCUCUGCAGGUGUCCACCAGUCUUGAAGAGCAGGAUGGAUCUAGAUGUAGUUAACAUGUUUGUGAUUGCGGGUGGAACCCUGGCCAUUCCAAUCCUGGCAUUCGUCGCCUCUUUUCUCCUGUGGCCUUCAGCGCUGAUAAGAAUCUAUUAUUGGUACUGGCGGAGGACACUGGGUAUGCAAGUCCGCUAUGUACACCAUGAGGACUAUCAGUUCUGUUACUCCUUCCGGGGCAGGCCAGGACACAAACCGUCCAUCCUCAUGCUCCAUGGAUUCUCUGCACACAAGGAUAUGUGGCUCAGUGUAGUCAAGUUCCUUCCGAAGAACCUGCACUUGGUCUGCAUGGACAUGCCUGGUCAUGAAGGCACCACCCGCUCGUCCCUGGAUGACCUGUCUAUAGAUGGGCAAGUUAAGAGGGUACAUCAGUUUGUAGAAUGCCUUAAGCUGAACAAAAAGCCCUUUCACCUUAUAGGCACCUCCAUGGGUGGCCACGUGGCUGGAGUAUACGCUGCUUACUACCCAUCUGAUGUCUGCAGCCUGUGUCUUGUGUGCCCUGCUGGCCUGCAGUAUUCAACUGACAAUCAGUUUGUACAGCGGCUCAAAGAGCUGCAGGACUCAGCUGCCAUUCAGAAAAUUCCCUUGAUCCCAUCCACCCCGGAAGAGAUGAGUGAGAUGCUCCAGCUCUGCUCCUAUGUCCGAUUCAAAGUGCCCCAGCAGAUCCUUCAAGGCCUUGUUGAUGUUCGCAUCCCUCAUAACAGCUUCUACCGGAAACUGUUUUUGGAAAUUGUUAGUGAGAAAUCCAGAUACUCUCUGCAUCAGAACAUGGACAAGAUCAAGGUCCCAACACAGAUCAUUUGGGGAAAACAGGACCAGGUGCUUGAUGUGUCUGGAGCAGAUAUACUGGCUAAGUCCAUCGCUAACUGCCAGGUAGAGCUUCUGGAAAAUUGUGGCCACUCAGUGGUGAUGGAGAGACCCAGGAAGACAGCCAAGCUCAUUGUUGAUUUUUUAGCUUCUGUGCAUAACACAGACAACAAGAAGCUGAACUGAGGUCCUUGCCAUGGCCUGCAUUGUUCACACAGCAUCUACUCCCAUCCCGCAAACUUGACACAGUCACCGCUCUCAGGGUUCCUGCCCCAAACGCCGUUGGAGCACCAAUGUCCCUGAGGAAGCCAGUCUCCUACCCCAGUAUUCUUGGUUCCACAGAGCAUCAGGGGCCACAAGGAAAUCUCCAAGAUCUUUUUUCAAAAUAGAAACGUAAAUGGAACUUUAAAAAAAAAAAACCCAGCCAUGAAGCCUACUAGAAGUCAAGUUCAUAUCACUGACAAGCUAAUGCUAAGCAGCCACCUUAGACCAUGAUCAUGAGUGACAUUUUCUUUAAGACAUUCCUCACACAUUAAACUUGAGAUAUUUUUUGUUGUUUCAUAUAUAUCCCUUGCAUGGUCAGUGACUCCUAUAGAGGAGCUUUAGUCAUUUAUUGAACUCUUGUUUAGAUCUAAUUCAAGUUUUGCAUAGAGGCCCAUGUCACAAGACUAGGGAAGAAACAGUAAACUGUGGAAGAGGUUUCUGCCCUAGGCCUAUUGUACAGACCUGGAAUCUCAGCCACUUGGGAGGCUGAGGCAGGAGGAUCCAAGUUCAAGACUUGCCUGAAAUAUAGAGUGAGUUCAAGGUCAGCCUGAGCUACUCACUAAGACAAAAAAAAAAUUUUUUUAAAAA